UUGGGAGUCAAUUGUGUUUUGUGUUGUGUUUUCAUUGAAUCAUACGUUCAACGAGUGAUUCACUCCAUUGACUGCCAAUUAGUUGCUAAACAUCUGAUCCGUUGUCCUUACAGUCAAAACAAGGAUACGUUGCGGUGAUGUCGCAUCAGACAGGCAUCCAAUGCACUGACCAAUUGCUGGCAUUUAUAUCUCAAUGCAAGAAUCAGUCAAACAAUGGUGCCGUACGUGUACUCAAAGUGCUGAUCCGUAAUGAAGAACUAGUUCUCGAUCAACACUUUCCUCCUGAAGAUGAUUGGAAACAAGAUUAUCGCCGAUAUGUUGAUGGUCUUGUCCACAAAGGAGAACCGGCGUAUAUAUUGUUUCGAUUGGACUCGAAAGACACGAUCGGUACAUACGAAUGGCUUUUCAUUUCGUGGACACCAGAAGAUAGUAGUGUCAGACAGAAGAUGGUCUACGCGUCAACUAAAGCCACUUUUAAGCAACAAUUUGGUGGCGGAAACAUUACUCAAGACUAUCACGCGACCGCUUUAGACGAGAUCUCAUUUGAUAGCUUCGAGAAAUGGCUUAAUGGUAAAACUGAUGGCCUUCCUCUCUCUCGUAAAGAACAGGAAUUAUUGGAAGUCCGUCGCGACGAAGCAUUAUCUUCAUGUAUAACAAAGACACAGAAAAUGACUCUUUCGGGACUCGAAUUUCCCAUUGAUUCGGAAGCCAUUAAUGCAUUGUUUGAUCUAAAAGAUGAUAAUUUAAGUUACGUUCAGUUGAGUAUUGAUAUGAAGAGCGAAGAGAUAAGAUUGAACAUAAAGAAGACAAGCAGUGAGUUUAAUAUACACUCAAUCGAGUCAUUGAUGCCGACCGACGGCGCCCGAUAUCAUCUGUUUGUGUUUCCGCAUACAUUUGACGGCCAAUUCAACAAAAGCAUAAUAUUUGUCUAUUCAAUACCAACCAGUUUUAUAUCAGUAAAGGAGCGCAUGUUAUACUCUUCGUGUAAAAAUGCUUUACUAAAUGCUAUCACUAACCGCAUCGGUAUUCAUAUCGAUAAGAAAUUGGAAACCGAUAAUCCACGAGAACUGUCACAUAGUUAUCUUAUCGACGAACUUCAUCCCAAACAGGAUAUUGUGAAGACUAUGUUUGAUAAGCCUAAAGGACCGGCCGGUAAACGGGGCGCCCGACGGCUCAUCAAUAAUUCAAAUGGAGAAGAUUGAUGUCUUCGUUAGAGUUUAUUAAUUAAUUUUAUUAUAAUUAAGUCUAUAUUUAUUUAUGCAAAGAAUCAAUUAAUAUAUAUACUAUUUUCAAAAAUAUAAUUUAUUGAUUCAAAUAAGGUAUUAACUAAAAGUGAAUCGUA